UGGUCGGUGAUGAUCACGUGAAAUCUGCAAAUGUUCACGUGAUGAAGAAAACCAGACGAUGCCCACAGUUGCCCGUCGGUGCCCGUUUCGUGUUUCCGUCUUCCCAGCGCUCAGUGCCUGUUAGCCAUUGACGCUCUGUUCGCCGGGCUCUGUUGGUUUGAUUGGCACGGACGAACACAAUUUUUCUAGGAAACAUCGAGGAAAAAAAAGAUCGUGAAUCCUCGAAAAAGUUAAAAAAAAGAUCCGUGCAACAUGUACAGCAACGGAUAUUCCAAUCAAACCUCUUUCAGACCCAGGGGGAACAGAGAGUUUGGCAACCGGAAAGGGGGUGGAACUUAUUGGAACAGCCAACAACAAACUCAACAAACUGAUUAUAGUUCAAAGAAAUCAAAUUUGAAAAAGAUGCCAGGUGAUUUGUUAAAGAAACCAAAUUGGACUUUGGGUGAUUUACCUUAUAUUAAUAAAAAUUUAUACACACCAAAUCCCUAUGUAGUUAAACGUUCUCUGGAAGAAGUCAACAAAUAUCGAGUAGAAAAGGAAAUCACCGUUAAAGGAAAAAAUAUCCCCUUUCCAAUACAGGCAUUUGAGGAAAGCAAUUUUCCUUAUUAUGUUAUGGACAAAAUCUUAAAGCAGGGCUUUAAAGAACCAACCGCUAUUCAAGCUCAAGGUUGGCCAAUUGCGCAAAGCGGCAGAGACAUGGUUGGAAUUGCACAAACUGGAUCUGGAAAAACUUUAGCCUAUAUAUUACCAGCAAUCAUUCACAUUCAAUGUCAACUAAAAUUGAAACAAGGAGAGGGUCCACUUGUGUUGGUUCUUGCACCAACAAGAGAAUUGGCACAACAGAUUCAAACGGUUGCACGUGAUUUUGGAACAUCGUUAGAAAUCCGUAACACUUGUAUUUUUGGUGGUUCACCAAAAGGACCUCAAGCACGAGAUUUGGAGCGUGGUGUUGAAAUUUGCAUUGCAACUCCAGGAAGAUUGAUCGACUUUUUAGAAAAAGGCACGACCAAUUUACGAAGAUGCACUUAUCUUGUACUCGAUGAAGCCGAUAGAAUGCUGGACAUGGGCUUUGAGCCUCAGAUUAGAAAAAUUAUUGAACAAAUAAGACCAGAUCGACAAGUGCUUAUGUGGUCUGCCACUUGGCCCAAGGAAGUACAAGCACUAGCUGAAGAUUUUCUUAAUGAUUAUAUUCAAGUUAAUAUUGGUUCACUAAUGUUAGCCGCUAAUCAUAAUAUUCGACAAAUCAUUGAUAUAUGUCAAGAGCAUGAAAAGGAAGCUAAAUUAUCGAAAUUAUUGCGGGAAUUGGGAUGCGAACGCGGAAAUAAAACAAUUAUUUUUGUUGAAACUAAGAAAAAGGUUGAUGAUAUUACUAAAACAAUUAAACGUGAAGGAUGGUCAGCAAUUGCAAUUCAUGGUGAUAAAUCACAACCUGAACGUGAUUAUGUUCUAUCUGAAUUUAGAACGGGAAAAACUGCCAUUCUAGUGGCAACCGACGUGGCAGCUCGAGGUUUGGAUGUGGAGGAUGUGAAAUACGUCGUUAAUUUUGAUUAUCCUAAUAGUUCAGAAGACUACAUUCAUAGGAUAGGUAGAACGGGACGUUGUCAAAGCGCUGGCACUGCUUACGCAUUCUUCACACCCAACAACGCUCGUCAAGCGAAAGAAUUGAUUUCCGUUCUUGAAGAAGCUGGUCAGGUGAUCAAUCCUCAACUCGCGGAAAUGUCAAAUUCACAAAGACAUCAGUAUGGAAAGGGAAGGCAACGCUGGAGUAACAAUCGCAAUUCAAAGGAUAAUAAUUCAAUGGGUGGUAGUCCAAGGAACAAUCACAGUCCAAAUACAAAUGGUUGGCAAAAUCAGCAUAAUAUCAUUCAACCAAGCCAAAUGAAUGGUGGUGGUCACGAGAGACAAAUGAUGCGGCCACAAAAUACUUAUCAGAAUAAUCGACAAAAUGGAUAUCAAAAUAAUUAUCAACAGCAACAGCAAACAACUGUAGCGCAAACGCAACAUCAUCAGCAGCAACAACAACAGCAACAACAGUCGCAACAACAACAACAACAACAACAACAACAACAGCAGCAGCAGCAACAACAACGGCAACCCAAUGGCUAUCAUCACACUGGAGGAUAUCAGGCGAAUGGUAAUGGUAUUCAAAAUACUUAUCAAGCAACAUCUGCUCCUAGAUAUCAAAAUCGUGUUGGCUAUCAAGGUAGUCGUUUCAAUAAUCGACAAAAUACAUUCAACGGAGGGCAAAAUGGACAAUGCAUGUAUUCAAUGCCACCUCCAUUUAUGAUGCCUUCCGCUGGACCCACUGAUAGCAGCAUUCAAAGUCUAGUUAACAACAAGUUCUUCCAACCGACCAAUCGACCACCGCCUGGUCCCAAUGCUUGCGCUUAUCAAUCAAUGGGCUACGGUCAAUUCCAAGCUGUUCCACCUUAUGGAUAUCCCUAUCCACCAACACCCGUUCAACAGUGACGCCUUCCAAGAGGUAAAAUUUCCGAGAUUCGAGCCAAUUGAAACUCAAAUACUCGAAUUUUUAAAUCCUAUUCUCUCGUACAGAUGAAAGUUUUUGUGAUUUGCGUGGAAUAGUAGAUUUUUUCGCUAUGUUCUUAAUAUAAUACUUGGUAUUUUGUUUUAAUUUUUUUUUCCCCUUUAUUCAUACUUUUCUGGAAUGAUGCUUGUAAUUUGAAAAAAGAAAAAUAAAAAAACAAGCUUAACUUGGCGAGGUUUAAAGCACAAACUUUCAAAGAAUCCAAAAAUAGGAUUUAGUAAAAAAAUAAAUAAAAUUUCUGAUAAUAAUUGAUUGGGAAAAAUUGAAUUCACAAUAAUUGCACAUUCCAGGUUAGUUGGUGUAGAGAUAGUUAGUAGAAAUGGUAUAUCGAUAUAUUAAUAUUGAAUAUUUGGUCGGAACCACGAAUAUAAUUAUGAUGGACGACCCUACGGUAAUUAAAUAGUAAUCUUUUUGCGAUAACUAUGUAAACUACCUGUAUGCUUUUCUGAAAUGCACGAAACAUAUAGAAGGGGGGUGGGUUAGGAUUAAUAAUUUAUAAUUUAUUUAUAUCUCGGGUAUGGACAGAAGACGCUUUAACAAAGGAAACACGAAGGCCUUUUGCAUAAAAAAAAUUUAGCUGUGCGCCCAAUUGAAAACGACCAUGUUCUAGAGAAAUCCGCGACGAGACCAAAUGCGUCUUUAUAAUAUAAAUGUAAGGUUUCUUUCCGCUAUAGAAAAAAAAAAAACAAAACAAACUGCAGUCCGAUUGGAGAGAUCUUUCGUAUACGGGAAAAAAAUAAAAGAUGACAAAUAUCGUGCGAAAAAGAAAAAAUACGAUCUUCCAAGCUGUCCCGACAAUCGAAUGAAUGGUCGAACCGAAGUUUAGGGAAAGAGGCUACAAAUUCGGGCGCGUAGUCAUAUGGCUGUGCAUUCUCGGAGCAAAGCUCUUUGUAUCUUAUUUUUGUAUCGAAAGUAAUUUGUUGUUAGAACGAAUAACGAUAUAACAGAAACAGUAUCGAUUGUUGUUUAUGCAAUUGGCCACCGAGUGGCCUUGCUUUACAUCACACACAGAUUGCGACGGGAAAAAGUGCGCGCAGACUGGUCGCGAGCUAAAAAGAAAAAUAAAAAAAAAAUAAACUUGAAUCGUACCUGUGUUCUUUUAUUAGUUUCUCGCGUCAAAAUUCUGACCACAAUUUUAAUUUAGCGAACAGUAAAAAGUCUAGGUUGUUAUAUAAUACAUAAAUGUUUAAUAGGCUGCAUAAAAAAAAUAUUAAACUACACUACCAACACGCGAGGCUAACAACUGUGUUCCAUACGCGUCUAAAAAAAAAAAAAAAGAAAAAUUUUUUUUGAACGCGAUUAAACAUGUUGUUUAAAUUGGUAAUUAUGAUCGACACGAUCUACCAACUCCGUGUUAAUUUUUGCGAGCCUCCAGAUCCAAAAAUUAAAAAAAUAAAAUCAAGUCGUUUUAACUCUCUAGAAUUUGGUUCAAAGUUUUUUUAUUUUGCGAUAAUAUCGUCUAACAAACGGCACCUUGUGAAGCCUAAAUUUCUUUUCAGUCUAUGCAUUUCAAAACGCACAUCGACUUUUCUCAAACACUUGUACCAUUUUUUUUUUUACUCGCUUUUAUGUACAAUAGAUUUCAUAAAGAAUUGCCAUGAAAAAAUAUUUCUUUUCUAAAGAAAAAAUCGAAAGUCUAUUUUAAAAAUUUCUAUUCAUUUAUUUUUAGAAAUUAAUUAAUCAUUCUUUUUUCUUCCUUAUUUUAGAAAAGAAAACAAAUCUAUUGGAUAUAAAAGUUGAAACAUUUUUUUAAUUUUGAAUUAGAUGAAACAAAUUACAGAUAACGAGAGUCAAACUGGAGGCUCCCGCACAUUGCGUACGCCCCUUAUCGAAUAAAGUCACUAAAAAAAGAAAAAAUUAUUGAAAUUUCAUUUUGAGAAAGAAAAAAUCCAUUUUCUAGAAGCAAAUUCUAAAACAAAAAGAAGAUAUAUUAUUAAAAUGUCCUUGAAAACAAUAUUUAUGGAGCAGAAAAUUUUUUCAAAAUUGAUAGAGGCUGUACGCGUAGUUCUGUGAUAUGUAUGAUGUAGCGUAUUAAUAGACCCACUGUUCUAUUAUACAUCAUGAUUAAAAUAGGAAACGUAUCUCAUCAGUUUUAUAUGUGGUAUAUCAUAUCAUAUUAAUCUCGAUGGUAUUUGCGAAAUGUACUGUCGACUUAGAAAAAAAAGAAUUCAAAUGAUUAUUAAAAGGAAAAAAAAGAAGAAGAAGAUGAUGAUGAUGAUGAUGAUGAUGAUGAUGAAGAAGAUAAAAGUCUUUUUGCGAGUCUCCCAAGAAUAGGUCGAUAUCGAGGGGAAAAAAAAUAAUAAGAAUUAAAAAAAGUUAUAAUAAUGGGGCUAUAGGUACGACGCAACUUGUACUCUUAUCGUAACAGCGACUGUUAAAUAUAUAUAACAGCUGUUUGAAAUUAUUUUCUAAAAAUUUAUAAUAACAAAAAAAGAAGCGUUAAUUAAAAAAUAAAGUAAAAAAAAACUGUCUGUGGUGGUCGCACCUCACACUCUUAAAUACACAUAAAAAGUGCAAAAAUGCGCUGCCGCUGUGUCGCCAACUGAUGAGAAAGAUAGGCGUGCUUUUUUUUAAAAAAAAAAAAAAGAGAAGAAACAAAACCCCCAUUGAAACGAGUACGUCUGAUCAAAAAUCAUAGAAAAAAAAAAAUUUCUUUGUUAUCAUAUGUCUAUUUAUGUCUAUUUCGUAAAUAUUACUAUAUAUAUAUAUAUAAAUAUAUAUUAAUUUUGUUAAUAUUUUUUCAUUAAUUUCGUGUACCUACAUUAAUCAAAUAGGAUUUUAAUUUUUAUGAUUAAUUAUUAUUAUUAUUAUUAUUACUAAUAUUCUUAAAUGUGAUUGACAAAGAUUUCUCGACAACGAUAUAAUAUGAAAUCAUUAAUUUAUUAAUCACUGAAAUACGUGUGAGAUUUUUGAUCUUGCGUUACUCAAAAAUGUAUUUUUUUUUUUAAUUUAUUUUUUUUCUAUAUUAUUAUUAUUUUCGUCAAUGAAACAUAAUUAGUAUGCGUGAAUGUCGCACCUCAGUACGCCGGUGAUAGUUGACUCAUAUUGAAAAAAAGAGAGAUCGACAAUUACUGAGAAAAUGAAGAAAAAAAAAAAAAAAAGUACCUUCGCAACUAAUGCUGAGCGCUGUGAUAUCACGUACAUAAACUUUUUAUUAUUAAUAAAGGAUAAAUACGCAUAUUGUAAUGUUAACGAAUAUUAUCUCCUUUAAUAUGAAGACUGAAUCUCUCGCCAAUUUAUAUACGAGUUUAGCAGCCGCAAGUACACGUUCACAUACUGUACGCUAUAAAUACCUAUUUGUAUAUUAUUACUAUAUUUUAUAUAUUUGGAUGACGCCGUCCUUGUUGGACGCGGCUGUAACUAUUACGUUAGUUCGAUAGUGGGUGGAUGUACGUUAAAUGUACAUCUAGAAUAAUUUUUGCAAAGUUAUCAAACACAAUUUAUCUUGUGGGUUCCAGUAUUUUCUACGUUAAAAAAGAAUCGCAAAAAAUAAUAAUAUAGAAUCUCUUUUAUAGUGCAUCUAUAACUAAAAGGAGAAACAUUUCUUUUAUACGUACAUAAUCGAAUUAAAAAUGAACUCAAUUUAUUCAAAAUUUGUAUAUAGAAAUAUUUUAAAAUCACUCCAAGUUGUGUUUUAACUUGAGUUUAAAAAAAAAAGAAAAAAUUUUCCUUAAAAUCAAGAAGGCAACGAUUCGUCCUCUCGAUUGAAUAAAAGAAAAUAAAUUAAAAUAGAACCCACACCAGUAUGUCAAGGGGAAGGGUUAAAUAAAAAAAAAAAAAGUAUAUUUUUUGGUGUCGUCUGUAUUUUACACUUUACAGCGUAGAGUAAUUGUCACAUAUACGAAUAUUGCAUAUUGCAGUGUCCUGAUUGUGUAUGAAGUUAAAAAUGGUACUGCUUAACUCCUACCUUUCUCGUACGUGUAUGACACACAAACACACACAAUAAAAAAAAAAAAAAUAUAGACGCACCACCGUGUGCACAAAGAAUCGGCAUCGCCCCUAUUUCAUUGAACUAAUGCUCUUAAAAAAAAAAAAAAAAAAAAGUAUUGAUCUACUUCGUGCAGCACCUCAUGCGUCUCUGCGUUAGUGUUAAUUGUCUACUUAUUUUGUAUCGUCUCUCGUUAUUAAAUUCCACAAUUAUAUAGAAAUCAUUACCUAGUUCGCAAAGGCCUGUUGGGAACGUAUUUUUAUUUAUAAUUUUUCAAUUAUCUGCGCAUGUAUAUUUCAUGUUCCAGAGAACAAACUAUACCAGAAUCUAGUCAAAAUUAUUAUAAUAUCACUAAGUCCUGCGGAGUUGAAACACUCGUUUUUGAGUUUCAUCCGUCAAAAAAAAAAGAAAAAAAAAAAAAUCUUUUAUAUUUAUAUUUUUUUUAAUAAUAAUAAUAAUGAUAAUAAUAAUUGUCGCACUUAAUCUCAAAAUAUCUACGAUGUUUAAUUAUUCAGUAAAACAAAAAAAAGUUUUCUCAUAAAAAAAAGGAAAAAAAAAAAUAAACGAAAGGAUGAAGGGUGUUUUUGUGGAGGCCUUCAUUAUAUAUUUUGAGCAACCUACUAUUUUGCUCAAUACAAUCAAACUGUUACGAAGUGAUAUUAUAAAUAUAAAAAGAGGUAUUAUAUCGUGUAAAUUGAGCGAACUUGACGGGCAUAUAUAAGUUUUUAUAUUUGAUACUAGUUUAUGAUAGUAAAAUGAAAAUGAAAAGAGGAAAAGGAAAUACUAUGAAAACUGUUCCCUGGACGUUAGCCGAAUGAUUAUAUUCCCUGGCGUUAGUUUUUACAAAGAGAGAAAGAGAUAAUAAUUAUUGUGAAGAGGCGUAUUUAUUUUUUGACCAUGACAUAAUUUUGGGGGAGCAAAGUGAUAAUUAGUAGUGCACGUAUAUGAAAUACGAAAUAUAUUACUAAACGAACCUUGCUGGAAAAAGAAUAAAAAGUAACGUCCUUUAAAUAUAAAUUAAAAAUAAAGCACCAAAUGCCCUCUGCAGUGCUCGUGAACAUUUAUUAUUUUUGAGCUAAACAGGCGGAGAGACAAAACUCAAUCGUUAUUUUAAGACCACAGGAAGAAAGACAGUUCGACAAAAAAAAAAAAAAAAAAAAAACGAUAAGAAAAAAUAAAAGAUUUUAUGAUAACUGCUCCAGUUCUGUAGGUUUCACUAAAGUGCAUUUCUUGUAUGUUAUACAGUAUUAUAAUAGAAAAUAAAAUAAACACAUUGCAAUUACAAA